AUGAUAUUCAGUUUAAAAAAUUGCUUUUCAAAAAAGGAAAAAAAAUAUCUACUUAGUGCUAUAGGAAUAUUUGUACUUUAUGGUUUGGCAAACUUUGCUUCUAGAUUCAGAAUUCAGAGAAAAUAUAAUAAAUUAUGUGAAUAAAAAAGAAAUGAACUUAAAAGAUCAAUUUAAGAAUUUCGAUAAUCAAAUGAUUUAUAUACAGGUUUGAGUGCAUAGUUUGAGAAAGACAUAUUAAAUAUGACAAUAAAUGACAUUAAAAGCAUUUUGUUUGAAAAAAAGGCCACAGUGAAACAAGUGUUAUUAGUAUUUAUAAAUAGAAUAUUGUCUGUGGCCACUUCAGAAAACUUGAAUUUAAUAACAGAUAUAAACUUUGUAGAAGCAUUAUAAGAGGCAGAGUAAUUUUAUAGAUAAAUCUAGCAAGGAAAUAAGAUUAGGAAAUUUUAUAGGAUCCUUAGAUAAUCUAUAAAUACGAGCUUUUUGGAAUACCUGUUUCGGUCAAAGACACCUAUUUACAAAAAGGAUUUGACAAUACUUAUGGAUUAGCAUCUAGAUUAUUUAAGCCAGCUUAAUAUGAUGGAAUUUAAGUUGCUUUGAUAAAGAAAGCUAGGGGUAUAAUAUUUGUAAGAAGCAACCUACCUUAAUUGGCUAUGACAUUUGAAUCUACAAAUAGAAUAUUUGGAAGAUCUCUUAAUCCUUGGAAUAAGGAUAGAGCAGUUGGUGGAUCUUCAGGAGGAGAAGCUGCUUUGUAAGCUGCUCGAUGUAGUUUAAUAGGUAUAGGAUCUGAUAUUGGUGGAAGUAUAAGAAUACCUGCUGCAUUUUGUGGAGUUUAUGGUAUUAAACCAGGGAUGGACAGAUAAACAGAAAUUGGAGAAGGAAUUAUAGAAAAAGCAGUUGGUGGAAUGGUUAAUGUUAAACCAUCAAAAGGUCCAUUAGGUCGUAGUGUAGAUGAUCUAAUUGUUAUGUUAAAAGUCUUGUUUAAUUCAAAGAAUUAUUCAGAAUUACCAUAUUCAAUUUAAGAUCCUUAUUGGAAACCUUAAGAUAUUGAUUUUACUGAAAAUGCAAAAAAACAUAAGUUAAAGAUAGGCUAUAUUGAAUAAUUUAACCAAUUAUUACCUCCCAAUUGUAUGAAAAGAGCUGUUUAAGAAGCUUGUUAAGCUCUUAGUAGUAAGGGACAUGAAAUUGUUAAGAUUAAUUUAGAUAAAGAAUUAGAGCAUGAGUUGACUGUUGCAUUUCCAAGAUUAGUGACAGCAGAAGGAGGAUUUAAAUCUUUUGAAGACAAUUUAAAAGGUGAAGAAAUAAUUAAGGAAUAUGAAUUAAUGGAGAAAGGAACUAAAACUCCUUAAUUGAUAUAAACUUAUGUUUUAGCUCCAUUAUUAAAAAUAUUUGGUUAGAAUACUCUAUAUGAAAUGAGCAAGUAAACUCAUGGUUAAGAUGUUUACUAAUUUUUAGUGAAUUCAGGUAAAUAGAAGAGUAUGAAUUUAAAAUUUUUAUAAUAUUUGAAAUAAUAGGAAAUUGAUGCAGUAAUUGUACCUGGGUUUGGUUGUCCAGCAGUUAAACAUGGUGCAUCAAAAGUGUUACCUUUAGCAGCGUAUUAUUUAAUAUAUAUUUUAAUAGACUAUAUACAUGGAUAUGGAAUACUGUUGAUAUUCCAGCUGGAAGUAUGCCAAUUACAAGAGUUUAAGAUGGAGAUGAUUUAAAAAUUGAAGGAAAAGAAAGGACUAUUGAUUUAGUGUAUAUUAUGAUGAAUCAAAAUAUGAAAAAUGCUUAGGGAUUACCAGUUAAUGUUCAAGUCAUUUCAUAUCCUAAACAUGAAGAAAUGGUACUUAGAGUAAUGAAAGAAAUAUAAGGAGUUGUUUAAUUUAAUCAAAAACAUCCUUAUCCAUAUUGA